CAGAGGAAAGAAAUCAAGUUAGCAAAAGCCACCAACACCACAAUAAAUGCCACCCGCUGUUUCCAAACUGAGUAUUAAAUGCAGCAGCUGGAACAUCAUCUACCCACCCUCUCUUCCCUAACCUUUCCUUUCUCUUACCCUUUCCCUUCCCCCCAACAAAUGGAUCCUCCUCUUCCCCCCAAAUGUCCACCCCUGCCCCUUCUUCCCCUAACUAUCUCACCAACUUAGGCCUCGGCUACUCCAUCGCCAUCGCCCUCGGCUUCCUCGUUCUCCUCUCCACCAUCCUCCUCGCCUCCUACAUCUGCUGCCGCUCUUCCUCUUCCCUACGCGCCUUCUCUCCCAACCCCACCACCGCCGUCGCCGCCUCCAACUCCGAUGGAAUCAUCCUCCCCAGGAUUAUUUUCGUUGCCGAAGAUGAAGAUAAUGAAAGCGUCGUUGUUGGACUUGACCAAGCCGUUAUAAAUUCUUACCCCAAGUUCCAGUUUAGUAAAGAGGCGGCUGCUGCGAAUUCUACUAAUGUAAACACGACAUGCUCGAUUUGUUUGUGUGAGUAUAGGGAUUUGGAGAUGUUAAGGAUGAUGCCCGAGUGUAGGCAUUAUUUCCAUGUUUCUUGUAUUGAUGCUUGGUUGAAACUUAAUGGGUCUUGUCCCAUUUGUCGGAACUCGCCACUUCCAACUCCUCUUUCUACGCCCUUGUCGGAAGUCGUACCUUUGUCUCAGUACGCUGCGGAUCGAAGGAGGAGGAGGCUCUCGAAUCUCAAUGGCCUCAAAUUAUCCUAGUCAUUGAGUCUCAACAAAAUAAAGAUGCCAAAGGUAAAUGGCCUCGGGAAGUUGGGAAUAUGGAAAAGUGUUCACAGGACUAUCUUUAUACUGGGUACUUGUGCUCUUCUCGUUUCUGUUGCUACCUUGUCUAGAUCUUACUCUAUUAGAUCUCUCCUUGUUACUGAUUCCUUCUGCAAUCAUGUAAUCCCUGAGAAUCCAAGUAGAGGUGAAAGUGAAGUGAGUGUAAAUGUUGGGGUUGUUGUUCAAAAAAUCCGACGAGAACUGAAUGAGUUGAGAGACUUGUCAAAAGAGUCGUCAUCAUCAGAAAUUUUGCUCAGACACAGUGCUUUUCUUGCUGAUAUUCUUGGUCUACUUGAGUCGGUUCAGGCAUCUUUGACAUCAACUAGACAGCAGAACAUUGAAAACAAGGGCGUCCAUCCCCUGGUUAAACCGAGUCAACAAUCUGAUGAGCCUGCGGACUACUUUCUGAUUGAAGAGAUUCGGAAGUAUGUCAGGAUCAAGCCAAACAGAUUAGGAAAACAGAACUUCAUGGGAGCUAAUGGCACAUUCACAAGUAUUGGUCACGCUUGCUUUGCCAUGAAGAGAGAGGUUGAAGAGUACAUGGAUUAUGAUGUUGGUGAAAUCUGCAAUGACGAUUGGAAACUAGCUCAGAAACUAAUGGUUCAUGGUUGCGAUCCAUUACCAAGAAGGAGGUGCUUUGCAAGAGCCCCACAGCUAUACAUCCAGCCAUACCGCAUAACCGAGUCCAUGUGGAAGCUUCCUGAUGAUCGCAAUGUUCGAUGGAGUGGAUACAGAUGCAAGAACUUCACUUGUCUGGCAAACAAUACUACUCGGAAGGGAUUCUUCAAAUGUGCAGAUUGCUUUAAUCUUUCAGACCAUGAGAUGCCCAGAUGGAUUAAACCAGUGGAAGUAGACCCUGAAACAAACUUGACAGCAGAUUUUUUGAUACCUGAAGUGCUGGAUAUCAAGCCUGGGGAGAUUAGAAUUGGUUUGGAUUUCAGUGUAGGAACCGGCACUUUUGCAGCUAGGAUGAGGGAGUUCAAUGUCACGAUAGUUACAGCAACAAUCAACCUCGGGGCUCCUUUUAAUGAGAUGAUAGCUCUUCGAGGUCUAGUCCCUCUUUAUUUGACUAUAAAUCAGCGCCUCCCGUUCUUCGACAACACCCUGGAUUUGAUACAUACGACGAGAUUUCUUGACGGUUGGAUUGAUUUGGUACUCCUUGACUUUGUGUUGUUUGACUGGGAUAGAGUUUUGAGACCAGGAGGUUUGCUCUGGAUUGACAGUUUUUUCUGUUUGAAAGAAGACCUGGAAGACUACUUGGAAGCCUUCAAGGUGCUAAGGUAUAGAAAACACAAAUGGGUUGUUGUUCCAAAGCGAGAUAAAGAUGAUCGAGAGGUGUUCUUUUCUGCUGCACUUGAGAAGCCGCCAAGGCCAUUCCGAUGAGCGUAUACAUUGAAGUAAUAUACUGUUCUGUUCAUUAUACAUAUCUAUAUAGCCAUGUGGUUCAUCAUAGUUUUCAUUUUAGGAUCCAGGCAGAAGUUUCUAUCCAGAAGUGAAAAUUUUUUGUUUCUUGUCAUGAGGUUUAUAGCCGCCAAUCUAGAAGUACUAAGUAAUUUCUGAAUUCUGGUAGAGUAGAAGACAUUCUGGUCUCUGCUAUAUUAGUUUGUAUUGAGCAUUGCUGCACCUUUAUACUAAAAGCCUGGAGAGGUGUAAAUUUCCGUACAAAUUGAUAAACAAUUAAUCCAUCGAGAAGAAGAAGGCAUAUGAUUGAGCUAUGAAGCAUCUCAGUUUUCGUUAGGGUCUUGCCGAUUGUGACUGUGGGUAUUGAGAGUGAUUUUUGGACAUCCAAUGGCCCAAAGCUUUUAAAAAUGGAGUCGGCCCACCGAAACAGAUGAUGGAGAACCAUCCAUGGAACUACUAAACUAAUUGUUUUCGACAGGAGACCAUUCAUUAUUUCGGACGUGAAUCAACCAUAUUUCCAUCCUGAGCCCCCAGCUUGUCAGAAGAAUCGCCCUUUUCCCAUCCCAAAGCCUCCAAGGAUUACAACAAUGUCAAUAUGUGAUCCAAAUUCC